GACGUUUGUAGUUUUUGCUGUGUCUCCGGCUGUUAGGAUGUGGCCGACCUGCUGCAGCUCCUUGAUUUUAACCUUAAUUUGGGCGUUUUUCGUGCCUCGUUUCGCGUCUGGGCUCCAGGACGUGACCACUGACUUGUUCGGCACUGAAAAUGAGGGGACGGUGGCCGCUUUUGGUGAUUUUAACUCGGAUAAACAGACCGAUAUUUUCGUCAUCAGGCAACAGUCAGAGCUGCUGAUUUUCCUGGCUGAUCUCAAAGCUCCUUAUUUCAGGCCUAAAGUGCAUCUCAGUAAGGAUGAUUUCCCCAGUGACAUCAGCGUCAUCAGCAGCGUCGUCCCAGGAGAUUAUGAUGGAGAUUCUCAAAUGGACGUUCUUCUCACCGGCCAUCCGAAAGGCUCAGACACCCAGCAGACAAAAGUGUUCAUCUUCUGGGGGAACAACCAAACUCUGAAUCAGAGUGGAAGGACUGACCUCAAUAAGACGUUUAACGAUCAGCCUCUUGUCAUGGACUUUAAUGGGGACAUGAUUCCAGAUGUUUUCGGAGUGGUGAGCGAUUCUACGGAAGUUUGCUAUCUCCGUAACAGGAUACUUAAGUGUGAGAAGGCCCUCAGCACUAAUGUGAAGAUCCGUGUUCCUCACUCGAACGCUUUCAUCGACCUUAACAAGGACUUCACUGCUGAUUUGUUCCUGAGCACGGUGCAGGAUUCCGGGUUUGGGUUUGAGACGUGGAUCAAUACGGAUGGGAACUUCACCAGAAAUCAUACAGAAAUGGUGCCAAAGAACGUGGCGUCAAUAGGACAGUCUGCUUUCGUGGAUUUCGAUGGCGACGGCUCUCAGGACCACCUGCUGCCGGUGUGCUUUGACAAGACAUGUUCAAAAAGCGCCGUUUACUUGGCAAGACCGGGCCAAACUGAGUGGGUUCCUGUUCUGACUGAUUUUCAGAGGAGAGACGGGCCGUGGGGUUUUGUUCCACCGGACAGUUCUAUGGCUGCAGAGCUCCAGCACCCCAUCACCUUACAUCUUGGGGAUUAUAACCUGGACGGCUUCCCCGACGCUCUGGCCAUCCUCCAUAACACCAGCAACCCGGUUCAGCAGCAGGCGUUUCUGUUGGAAAAUGUUCCCUGUAAUAAUGUGAGCUGUAGGGAAUCAGGCCGAAUGUUCCGCAUCCACUGGGAGCAGACUGACCUCAGCUCCGUCCACUCUGCAGUCGUGGCAACCUUCUUCGACAUCUACGAGGACGGUAUACUGGAUAUGAUCGUGCUGAGCCGGACUGACAGCAAGACGGAGCUGACCAUCCACGCUCUGAAGAACAACUUUGAGGCGGACGCCUACUUCGUCAAAGUGAUCGUGCUCAGUGGGCUGUGCUCUAAUGACUGUCCAGAGAAAGUGAAGCCAUUCGGCGUGAAUCAGCCUGGCCCGUAUGUCAUGUACACCUCAGUGGACUCUAAUGGCUACCUGAAGAACGCCUCCGCUGGUCAGUUGAGUCAGUCCGCCCAUCUCUCUCUCCAGCUGCCCUACACUGUGCUUGGACUGGGCCGCAGCGCCAACUUUCUGGAUCAUCUUUUCGUGGGUAUACCCAGACCACCUGGAGUAAAGGACAUGAGGAAACAGGAAUGGACCGCAAUCAUUCCGAAUUCCCAGCUCAUCGUCAUUCCGUUUCCAAACAGUGACCCGCGCAGCUGGAGUGCUAAGCUCUACCUGACCCCCAGUAAUAUCGUUCUGCUGACCGCCAUCGCUCUGAUUGGUGUGUGUGUCUUCAUCCUGGUCAUUAUCGGAAUCCUUCACUGGCAGGAAAAGAAAGCAGACGACAGAGAGAAACGACAAGAGGCCCAUCGCUUCCACUUCGACGCCAUGUGAGGAACCAGAGAGCGUCACUGGAGAAGCUGAGAAGACCCACCAUAACGCAUUCAUCUCACUGGAGAGUUUAUUUAAUAACUUAUUUGUUGUUUUGCCCCACUGGAGAGUAUUUGUCUUUAUUUCAACUGAAUGUGCUGUUAUUUAUGACUGAGACGUCCCUGUGAGGUGUGGAUAUUUCCCUGUUGUCGCUCUGAUGUCCAGAGAAACUGCUUUUCUGUUUUAUUCUGUGAUGGAUGAAUGUUUACUUGAACAUGAGAACAUAAUGGUAUAUUCUCAGAGGCGAAGUGUUCAUUUCCCGAAAGUAAGGAAAUAUUUCAGUGCCAUUUUAGUUUGGUAUAAACUCGUAUUUCUUUCUCUUUGGCUUCUCUGUGAGGCAGGAGACAGUUAUGGACCAGUUAUGGGACAUUUUUCUUACUUUUUAAUAUUUUCAAUGUGGUACGUUUUGUUUUUUUGUUUUCCCCUGAACAUUAUUACAAAUUUUCUUGUUCCAUUACGGUUUGUCUGGCUGUUUUGCUCUCUCUUCCCUGUGGACGUGCAGAACACUUUUGGCUGAAAGUAAUCAUUAUAGUACAGAUCCACAUAUUUCUUCAUUCAUUCAGGACUUGCAGCUGCUGCUCUUCAGUGGCGUUAUCUUCACUGUUGCUCACUCAGAGGGAAACCUGCUGUAAGACAGACGUGCUGCUUGCGAAGGGAAGGUUGUUAUGUUUCAUUUUUUUUGCCUGAGGAUCGACAUUGAUGUGCCCUCCUGCCCGAUUUCAAGCCCACAGUGGAGUCCACUCAGCUGCAGCCUGUAUUUUUAUUUCCUUUAUUUCCUUCAAACGUUGUUGUGAGGAUGCAGGCUGGUUCCAUUCCUGCUUCUCCUAUUUGGCCCAAAUAAAUGUCCUUCAUCUGCAUAGAUGAAACAUAAUAUAUCUCACUUGACCAAUUCAGGCUCUACCCACAUAAGCACCCGCAGCUACUGUUGUGAGGUUGGAUACGUUUUACAGAGCGCUGGUAAAAAUCCCAUUCAGCCUAAUGAGAAACUGUAGAACAGACUCGGUUUAUAUCACAAUACCUACAUUUAGAGUCGGUUAUUCAUUCAGCCUAAUGAGAAACUGUAGAACGGACUCGGUUUAUAU